UGGGGGGUGCUCACCAUGCAGGUUUCCAUCUUUCUCUGAUAUAAAACACAGGCUCACCUGUUAUUUACACAUGGUCAUUGUUCAUGUACUCAUAGCUAGUGCCUCCUUUCUUGUGAUUUGACAUGGAAAGGGCGUCCUCAGUGGCUUGAAAACGUUCACUGGGCCGCCUGUUGGCGUGGGCUCAUUGCUCAAUCCAACAUUUGCGAACAAUUUUCAGGGGAAACGACUCUGGCUGAGAACGCAUUACAGCCAAGAGUUUCUGGAAGCAAGCUAUGUGCAUCGAAUGGACAGGCACGACAUUACACGGCCAAUCCAGACCCAAAAUUAGCCUGCCAACAAAAGUGGCCGAAGUCUUCCAUCUGGACUUCCAUACGUGUUUCGCUUUCCAGAGUGGCUGCUUGCGGCGGCCAAAAGGGGCUCUUUACAGUCUAAGUGGGGCUGGACAGAUGUAGAGUUACUAGAGUAUGAGUUGUUCCUGUUCGAAACUUCGGAUCAAGUGUGCGUCUCGGACCUCUCUUUGAAGUACCUUUACGGAACAUCGUCAUUCUAUCCCCUAACACGCAGUCCCGGAUCGGCCACGGGGCACUCACGUCCCCACUAUCCGUACCUAGUAUCCAGAUCCAGCACCAACACUGCCCUGCCCCAGCCAAAAGAGCCCCCUCCACCCGCCCGCCGCAGCGGUUCGCAAAGAACACAACCAUCAACCGUCUCCCUUGGAAUUUCGGGUAUUGGCAUUGACGACAAACACGCGACCGCUCUGCUCCUGGUCCGCCUCGCUCUCAACCGUUCUGCUACUCAUCGCACGCUCCGUUCAGCAUCACCAACGAUACACAAAACACCCAACAAUACGGAUACGCUCUGGCUGAAGGAGCUUCAAAGAGUGUUAUGGGCAGAGCGAUCCAGAAACCAUAGUUCGCAACGGACCUAGAUCACCAUGGAUCCCCCAGCUGACAACGGGACUGACGGCUCGUCGAUUAGACCUGUCUCGUCGCUAUUGGCAAAGUUUGAAGGCUUGACCACCAAGCCCGGCGACCCGCAACCCGGUACACCAACCCGAAAUGCAUCCCCAACGCCGGCGCCGGCGCCGGCCCCGAAGCCUGGUCGACUCCGUGAGCGGGAUCCGAGUCCCUCAACCACAACGCCCCGCGAGCCCCCUCCAAUACCAGCGAUGCGACCCAAAGACAAGUUAACGCUCCAGAGCCUUCACCCUGCAUCCGCGAAUGCCAGUGCUUCGAGCUCGCCAGUACGAACUGUUCCUCCUCCUGUUAGCCCGAGGGCCAAACCCACGAACGCCCCGGCGCUCACCGUUGAGCCCCCGCAUUCACCCCCGAAGAGAGGCGUAGGAGGCAUUCCUACCGGUGACCGUCCGGCAUUUGUUAGCACCGACUUUCUUGUAAAGUCCUCAUCUCCGGCGAAGGCGGGGAACCAGUUCAACUUGCCGAGCAGAACUCAGACGCCAUCGGCGGAACCCCGAAAGUCCCCGCGUGUGGCGCCUGCCCGCCCCCCGUCACCUCCUCCACCUAGACGGUCGGUAGAGUUGCGGCGGGAACGAGAGAUGGGCCAUAAGCCAGUACCGCCUCCGAUCAACCGGGCAGAGAAACCUAAUUCACGUUUCACUCUGUUCGAGCAACCGAGCAGACCCGCUCAGUCGAGUCAGCCUAUUGAUAUUCAGAAGAGGCCGAGUCCCAAGGUGUCACCUUUCAACAGUCCACCUAGCAGCGGAGGAUCGCCAGAUGAGGAAGAUGUUCCCCCAGUCUUGCCUACGAGGCCGCGACAACAGCAACCGCAUCACCAACAGCAACAUAGUCUUCACCAGCAGCACGGAAAUCAGCAUCAGCCCUCUGUCGGUGUAAAGAGGUCAAAUACCUUCCACGUCGGUUUCGACCCGCCGCCUCAGCACCAUUCAUUAACCGCAAGGAGACGAGGCAAGGACGAGCCUCUAACACCGCAAAUCACUGGCGACCGGCCUGCGUUGCCUGCACGACCACAGAGCAUCAUCGAGUCGGUCCGCGCUGCAAAUUCUGUCUCAGCACCACCUCCACGGCCUCCACGGCCAGGAGUCAACACGAGCGUAGCGACAGCAAUCCAACAGAAGCGGAUAUCCUCGACACCAGUAACACAGGCGCCCCCUCCUAUUCCACGGCUCAACGGUAGGUCCGUGACGGCGGCGGAUCGGAUGCCCGGGAGAGUGUCCAACGAAUAUCACGCUCCACCUCCUCCAACACUCGUCGAAGCUAGGCCCGCUGAAGCUCAAAUCGCGGGCUUACACAAGGCCGAUUUGGGAUAUCCAGACACGUCAAGAACGAACCGAAGCAAGCCAUACUUGCAUAAAGGGGCUCACGAAAUUGCCACAAAAUACGACAGCCGCAUGUUUGAUGUCUGCGGGGCCUUUGUCUGCACAACAGGCGGUUAUACAAGGGCGUGGAAUGUUAUGGACGGGGAGCUGGUUAUGAGCUUGGCCAUGAGCGAGGGCAUGAAGGGCGCAUCCGUGGCCUUCAAACCGGGAGAGAGCGUCGACGAGGAGGGCGCGAGGAUAUGGAUCGGAACCAACAAUGGCGAGUUGUUGGAAGCUGAUGUCUUGUCGCAAAGUAUUGUCAACAACAGACCAAACGCGCACGGCCGCUACGAGAUUAUCAGGAUAUACAGGCAUUUCAACGAGUUGUGGACUUUGGACGACAGUGGGACACUUCACGUUUGGGGGCCGGCCGAUGGUAGCAAUCUGCCCAGUUUGGCUUACCCUCCUACACAGACCUUUCGCGUGCCUAAGGGUCAUGUAUUUUCCAUGGUGGUUGGUGAUGAACUCUGGCACGCCACAGGCAAGGAAAUCAGGGUUUUUCUACCAACUCUUGACGGCAGGACACAGUUCCAGGUUCUCAUCCGACCUCUAAUUCAAGAUGGCGCUGGUGAAGUUACGUCGGGUACUCUUCUCGCCUCAGAGCCGGACAAGGUGUUCUUUGGCCACAACGACGGCAAAGUCAGCAUUUAUUCGAGGAAAAACUACGCUUGCCUUGGCGUGAUGAGUAUCAGCCAAUACAAGAUCAACUCCCUUACUGGUGCGGGACGAUACCUCUGGGCAGGAUACAACACUGGCAAAAUCUCGGUCUACGACAUGGGCCAAACGCCAUGGGCCGUUAAGAAGGACUGGCAAGCCCAUGAUAACCCGGUUGUGAAGCUGAUCUCUGACCAGUCGAGCUUUUACAAGCUGGAUCGUCACCAGGUGGUCUCCCUCGGCGCGGAUAAUAUGUUGCGUGUUUGGGAUGGUUUACUUCAAGACGACUGGCUACAGGCCAAGAUGAAGCAGCAUGAUGCGAGGUACUGCCACUUUGAAAAGAUCAAGGCGUUGAUUCUGACGUGGAAUGCGGGAGCUUCCACGCCGAAUAGUCUCAACUAUUCGAAUGAUGACAGGGUGUUCAUCGAGAAUUUGCUGAGGAGCAGUGACUCGCCAGACAUCAUUGUCUUUGGGUUCCAAGAGUUGGUUGAUUUGGAGGAUAAGACUUUGACUGCGAAGAGGUUCCUGAAGCCGAAGAAGAAGGAGGGGACGGAUCAGGAACGGAUGAGCCAUCAGUAUCGGAACUGGCUGGCGCAUCUGAAGCAGAGCCUGGAUCAGCAUAUGGAUGGGGAGUUGUACCACGUGCUGCAUUCCGCGCCGCUCGUGGGGCUGUUCACUGCCAUUUUUGUCAAGGCAGACCUCCUGGGCCGGAUCAGCAAUCUUAACAGCGCUGAGGUCAAGAGAGGCAUGGGCGGUCUUCAUGGAAACAAAGGUGCCAUUGUGGUGAGGUUCAUGGUGGAUGAUACCUCGCUCUGUUUUAUCAACUGCCACUUGGCAGCUGGACAGUCGGGGGCGAAUCAAAGACACAACGACAUUGCCGCUAUUCUGGAGGCGUCCCUCCUGCCAGGUGAGAGGGACGCCUCGGUGCGGUUCGACAGCUUUGUCGGUGGCGGGGACGGCACAAUGAUCCUAGACCAUGAGCUGUGUCUUCUCAACGGAGAUCUCAACUACAGAAUCGACACCAUGUCGCGAGACACUGUCGUCACAGCUGUCAAGGCGGGCAAUCUCGCCAAGCUCCUGGAGCGUGAUCAGCUGCUCGUGGCUAGGCGAAGGAACCCCGGGUUCAGACUCAGGGCAUUUGAAGAGCUUCCCAUCACCUUUGCGCCAACAUACAAGUAUGAUGUUGGGACGGACAACUAUGACACGUCGGAGAAGAGAAGAAGCCCGGCGUGGUGUGAUCGGUUGCUCUUCAGGUGCGGGGCCGGCAGGGGAAGGAUAGAGCAGUUGGAUUACAGACGGCAUGAGGUGCGAGUGUCGGAUCACAGGCCAGUGAGCGGGAGAUUCAGGUUUGAGGUGAAGAAGGUGAGGGGCAAGGAGAGGGCACAGGUUUGGAUGGAGUGCCAGCAGGAGUUUGAGGAUCUGAGGGGGAGGGAGGGAAGAGGGGAGAAAUUCUUCUACUUGACGAACGUGAUUGGGUACGACGAAUCAACGGCAACACAGUUAAUCGAGCAGCAGCAGCGGUCGAGCAGGUCUACUCUUGGUGGGAGGAGAGAUCAUAGAAGUCCUAGUGGACAAAGGGAAUGA